UAAUAAAUAUGUAACAUUAAUAAAAUUCAUAAAUCUUACAGUUUUAAACAAUUUCGAGACUUCUUGAGGAAUCUUAAGAAAUCUAUAUAAAAAGAAAAAAAAUGUAUUUAUUCAAUGCUGAUAUAAUUAUAUUCGAUAUUAAAUUUACAUGCUUAACGAAUGCGGAAGUUUAAUGAUAAGAGAAGUGUUGAGGUUUUUUAGUCAUCCAGCUCCAAGCGUAAGGAUAGCCGGAAAAGAGAUUCAGAUAAAGCGCGAGAUCCUCUAGAAAUCUCUAGAUUGUUCAUACGUUAUUAAACGUUUCUCUUUCGCGAUAUUCUUCGGAUCUGAAAAAAACAGUGAGUUACUUGUUGAAGAAAACAAAAUUUGGGCAUGUUUGAGUUCGGACGAUCGGAGGGCUUCCCUUCGCAAUAUUCCGCGCAUCAUACUCCAGUGACGAUAGACGUGACCGAGACCAUACUAAUCGCGAUUUUCGUGAUUAUUUCGGUCGCUUACAUUAGUAUUAUACCGGGCUACCGGAAGAGGCAAAGCAUCUACGUAACUAUAAAAAUCGGCUUCAGCAUCGUGAUUGGAUGCUUAUUAUUAAUAGAGAACUUUGGUCAGGAAUGGGAAUACGGUAGCACGAGAAGCAAAACACCUUAUCGAGCCGGCGUAGGCCAGGAGAUCGAGGCUCAAAUGGCAGUUAAGAUAGGACUGAGAUCGGUGAAUAUCACGCUGAAAGCUGAUCCGGAAGAAGGCACGCUACUCGCAAAAGAAACAAUCGAUUAUAACGAAAGAUUUCCAUGGACAUGGGACCAAGGCAGGAUCGGUUUUGGACCCUACGCCGGACUGCUGCAAAGGACCUUCCGCGAUGGACAAAGGAGGGGUUUGCCCAUUCCUAUUUUAUGGAUCGCCGAGUAUUUCGUUAUUGAUGGAGAAGGCAUUCGAUUCGGAAGAUUUUACAGAACUGCCGGGUGGUACUGUCACAUCUUACUGUGGACCGCCUUUGCCUGCUGGAUACUGGCUAACAUAUUCCUGCAGUCUGUGAGCCGGUACGUCGCCUAUUUAACCGGCUUGAUAGGCGGCUUGCAGUUGUUGACUUGCCUCGUGUGGAUCUGCGUACACAAUCCAAUUCCGCUUAUAAUUCCUUUCGAAGACGGUGUCAUUAAGAUGGCAUUAGGCCUGCAUUUCUGGAUGACUUUCGGAUGCGGUUUGUUUUGUGUUCUUUUGGCGAUCAUAAUGAUAUUUAUGGACUUGCGUUAUCCAAAUACGCUAUCUACGUUUUUACAAAUAGAUCCACUCGGGCAAUACGAUGAAUGCGUAAUUCGAAGUUGUCAAGUGGACAAUGUGUUGCGUAAGAAGGUACAUAUGGAUGACUCGAUGGAAAUGACUUCGACCUCUGCGCAAGGAAACACAGGAAUGAUGGUAUUGAAGAGGAGAUCGACUGCCUUCCGCGCGCCAGUUCCCAUGAAAAUGGAAAUCUACGACGACGUGGCCAUUUAUGAGAAUCAGGACAUAGCAGGACCAUCUAAAAGCGCGCCUAAAAUGGAAGUGAGCGAUGAGCAGAAAGAGAUCAAGCCGCCGCCUGUUCCGAGAAAGAAGAGGGUAAAGGUCGAUCCCUGAAUGCUAAUCGAUCGUCUAUUUCCGAUCUAUCAUCACGAAUAGAUCGUCAUUUUGAAAGAAGAAGCUGGAUGGUAUAUAAAUGCGUGUAUUUCUGUAUCUUGUAUCAAUACACGUAGCGACGAAGAAAGGUAGCUUUUUCGAAA